GUUGUUGGCUUUCAUCUUUGGGUCCUAGCGAAAGUUAGGGUUACAGGUCGUAGGUCUUGUCAAGUCGGUUGACAGAGUCACCUGCCUUUCCGUUUUCACUCCGCCCGUCCCAAGGGAUUAGAGAGUGGAGAAAGUCCCAUCACCUUCCACCCCUCCUUCCUAGGAUCUGAAAUCUCCACGACGAAGGUUUCGUUACUUUAUUCCCUCUUUAACCGUCACGUAUUGAACAUCCCUUUUGUGCCUGGUACUCUGCUGGGCUCAAGAGUGGGGAGAGCGGAUUCAGAAAAGGAGCUCACCAUCUAGAAGUGGAGACAAUGUCAAUGCUCUAUAGAUAUGUUUGGGGAGCUGUGGGAUCACAGACAAGGUAGUAAUUUAAGUCAGGGAAACCCUCCGAAGGACGUACCCAAAGGCAGAGACGGGUGAAGUAGCAUGGCAUGCAGGACUGGAAGGACCCAGCCUAGAUGCCCACUUGGGAGGCAGGAAGCACCGGCAUCUGGUAGAACUACGAGCUGCCCGAAAGGCCCAGGGACUUCGAAGUGUGUUUGUCAGUGGCUUUCCCCAGAAUGUGGAUUCUACUGAGCUCUCUGAGUACUUCCAGGCAUUUGGACCUGUGGCCAGUGUCGUCAUGGAUAAGGACAAGGGAGUGUUUGCCAUCGUGGAGAUGGGGGACGUGGGUGCCCAGGAAGCUGUCCUGUCACAGCCCCAGCAUAGCCUGGGAGGACGUCGCCUGCGUGUCCGGCCACGGGAACAGAAAGAGUUCCAGAGCCCAGUCUCCAAAUCCCCCAAAGGAGUGGCGCCUGACAGUCACCAGCUGGCCGCAGCACUAGCUGAGGUCCCAGACGUGGGGGCACAAAUGGUUAAGCUGGUGGGGCUGAGGGAGUUGUCUGAGGCCGAGCGGCAGCUUCGGAGCCUCGUGGUGGCCCUGAUGCAGGAGGUCUUCACAGAGUUCUUCCCCGGCUGUGUGGUCCAUCCUUUUGGCUCUUCCAUAAACAGCUUUGACGUCCAUGGCUGUGAUCUUGACCUCUUCCUGGAUCUGGGUGACUUGGAAGAGCCGCAGCCAGCCCCAAAGGCUCCGGAGUCGCCGUCCUUGGACUCGGCCCUUGCAUCCCCACUGGACCCUCAAGCCCUGGCCCGCACCUCAGCCUCCCCUCCAGACUCGCAGCCUCCAGCUUCUCCUCGAGACUUGGAAGCCCUGGACUUUGAAACGCCUUCCUCCUCCUUGGCACCCCAGACUCCGGACUCAGCCUUGGCCUCUGACACCCUUGCAUCUCCCCAGUCCCUGCCUCCAGCCUCGCCACUGCAGGAGGACCAGGGAGAUGGGGACCUGGGGAAGGCUCUGGAACUAGCAGAGGCCCUGAAGGGGGAGAAAACAGAGCAGGGAGCCAUGCUGGAGCUGGUGGGAUCCAUUCUUCGGGGCUGUGUCCCUGGAGUGUACCGAGUCCAAACUGUGCCCUCUGCCCGACGCCCUGUGGUUAAGUUCUGCCAUCGGCCUUCGGGUCUCCACGGUGACGUCUCCCUCAGUAACCGGCUGGCCCUGCAUAACUCCCGCUUCCUGAGCCUGUGCUCUGAGCUGGAUGGGCGCGUGCGGCCCCUCGUGUACACCGUCCGCUGCUGGGCUCAGGGUCGAGGGCUAUCAGGGAGUGGCCCCCUUCUCAAUAACUACGCCCUGACCUUGCUCGUGAUCUAUUUCCUUCAGACCAGGGAACCUCCUGUGUUGCCCACUGUGUCCCAGCUCACCCAGAAAGCAGGUGAGGGCGAACAAGUGGAGGUUGACGGCUGGGACUGUAGUUUCCCCAGGGAUGCCUCGAGACUGGAGCCCAGCACCAAUAAGGAGUCCCUGAGUUCCCUACUAGCCCAGUUCUUCUCCUGUGUCUCUUGCUGGGAUCUUCGUGGCUCACUGCUGUCCCUGCGGGAGGGUCAGGCACUGCCUGUGGCCGGGGGCCUGCCCUCUAAUCUCUGGGAAGGUCUCCGCCUUGGCCCCAUGAAUCUCCAGGACCCCUUUGACCUGAGUCACAACGUGGCAGCCAACGUCACCAGCCGGGUAGCCGGGCGGCUACAGAACUGUUGCCGAGCGGCCGCCAAUUACUGCCGGAGCCUCCAGUACCAGCACCGAUCCUCCCGAGGUCGAGACUGGGGGCUGCUCCCGCUUCUGCAGCCCAGCUCCCCUAGCUCCCUGCUGUCUGCAACACCCAUCCCCUUACCCCCUGCCCCCUUCACCCAGCUCACGGCUGCCCUGGUCCAGGUGUUAAGGGAAGCACUGGGAUGCCAUAUAGAACAAGGAACCAAGAGAUUGCGGUCAGAGGGAGGUGGAAUGGGGAAUUCUCCUCAGGGAGGGUCAAGCAAAAGAUUGAAACUAGAUGCACAGAAAGCAAGCAGUGAGGAGGGGAAGGAGGAGCAGCAGGCAUGUGCAGGGGACCACAGUGAAGACGGGGUGGAAGAAAUGGUUAUAGAAGUUGGAGAGACCAUGCAGGACUGGGCCAUGCAGAGCCCUGGGCAGCCAGGGGAGCCUCCCCUGACCACUGGGAAGCCUCUGGCCACCGGAGAAGAGCAGUCAGGCCCUGCAGCGCUGACAGAGCAGGGGCCCAAAGGACCCGAGGCAGCCCGAGAAGGGCCCCAGGGUGAGACAGGUAAGGGGGCGUCGCUCUCAGUGAGCUGGCGCUGUGCCUUGUGGCACCGAGUAUGGCAGGGGCGGCGGCGUGCCCGGAGACGCUUGCAGCAGCAAACCAAGGAAGGCGGUGGAGGCAGUGCCGCCAGAGGGGUAGAGUGGCUGGCGACUGAGGCUCGGGUCACCCAGGAGCUGAGAGGACUGAGCAGUGCUGAGCAGAGGCCAGAGACUGAGCCACUCUUGACCUUCGUGGCAUCUGCCUCCCAGGCCGACCAGUCUCUCACUGUGACCCCACUCCAGGAUUCCCAAAGCCUGUUCCCUGAUCUCUAUCACUUCUUACAGGUUUUCCUCCCUCAAGCACUUCGAAAUCUCAAGUGAGGCCAGGAACCCUAAAGGGCAAUAAAGCUGCUAGUUUAAUAAACACUA